AUGUCUCAGGACACGUUGGACAAGACUCUUAUUCUCCGUGACGAUCUUGAUGAGAAGAUAGAUGUUGUCAAGAAGGAGAUGGACGAUGCUCAAAGACUUGCAAAGAUAGCACAGAAGAACCAAGAUCUGCGUGAAAAAGCAAGGCACUAUAGGAAUCAGCUUGUCUUGACGAUCCUUGAGAUGUGGAUGACGGCAGGAGGUCUAUUGAGGCCGAGGCCGGAAGCCACGUCUGGUUUCAAGGAGUUGGGCGAGAGAGAGAGCUGGAACAACGGAAUGCCGAUAUAG